UGGAAGGCUUCAUAAGCAGCACUCACACGCUGACUCAACACACACGUCAAACUGAAUGGGAACAUGUCGCAGUACACUCUGGGAGUUCACCUGCAGAUCCUGCUGGCUGUGGGUCUGGCUGUGUUCUGCUACUGUCUGGUUCUCGGUUGCAUCCUUUGCUGUCGCAGGAGGAAGAGUGUUUCAUCGGAGGACAAGGAGACAGUUUUCUUGUCUCCUCAUUCUGCUGAGAGGGUGACUGUGACAUUAACGCCGUCCCCGUGUACCCAGCCUGUCAAGCAGCAGUACGAGCAGCUGGAUGGGGACGUGUUGGAAUUCCCUUCAUCUAAAAUCAGCUUUUCUCCCUCUGAGGAUGACCACACUGCUUUGCCCUUUGACCACAGCCCUACCAGACCAGCUGAGCUGGUGCAAUCUCCUGGAUCUUCUUUACCAAUGCGGCGCCUCAGCACCCCGGCUGUUCCCUGCUCACCCAAUAAACCACUACGUCACGGCAGAGCCUCUCUGCCCUCCCUCGCCAAGCUGAGCCUGGUGUCCAAGUCCCGCCGGGCAAUGGGUCGCCGCAGCACCGUGAGCGGCGAAAGUUUUCUUUACAGCGAGAGCAGUCGACUGACUGCAGGUGCUGCCACAGCUCCCAGCCAGCAGGGGGAGCCCAGCCUGUCACAGUAUGGCUCUAACUCUCUCUCUAUCUCCUCCAAACCAGCUCCUCUCCUGCACUUCUCCUUGCUCUUCUCCUCUGCCUGUGGCACCCUGAUGGUCAACAUCCUGGGGCUGUCGGGGGCCAGUCGAAAGCGCACCGGGGUGUUUGUCCGGGCCAGCCUUCCUCCCCUCUGCCCCUCCCCUCAGCAGAUGGCCUCUCGGCGCCGCAGCCUCAGCCCAGAUCUCAACAGCCAGACCUUUGUGCUGCAGGUGGGCUCUGUGGAAGAGCUGCGCACCUGCACCUUGAGACUUGCUGUCUACAGCAGGGACUUCUCAGGCUUAAGAGAGGCUGCACUGGGGGUGGUGGAGCUGCCCUGUGAGCAUAUGGAUUGGGAGCCAGACACGACCACCACCUAUACCAGGCAGCUCAGCCCAACUAAAAGCAAGCUGAAAAAGAGUGUGAGUUCUCAGGAAACAUUGGGUCACAGGAAGAGCUCGGUGUGUGUGCCUCGGGCUUUGGGCCAGCUGUUCAUCCUGCUGCAGUACCAGGCAUUGGCCCAACGCAUCAAGGUGUUGGUCCGAAAGGCUGAGAACUUGGCAAAGCUCACACGGAUCCCAGGAGCACCAGACCACUACGUUGUCAUCAACCUGCGUCAGGAUGGGAAAGUAAUCGGUACCAAGGAGACCAAAGGGGCCAGCGGUGCAAACCCCGUCUGGAACGCUCCAUUCCUGUUUGACCUGCCCUCUGGUGACAUCACUCAGCUACCAUUGGUCCUUGAGUUUAUCGUCAUGCAGGGCCGUCUGUACACUAAAAGCAGUAUUCUGGGCCGCGUGUUGAUUGGCAGCGAUGCCAGGGAGGCGGGACAGGGACACUGGAAGGAAAUGUGCAGUCGGGGUCAAAUAGAGACAGCUCGCUGGCACGUCAUCCAAUCAGAUAUGCUGUAGGACUGAUUGACAGACUGUGGGACUGCGCUGCUGUCCAUCCACUGCCCAGUGAGUGAAACGCAGAGGUGGAGUGGGAAAUAACAUUCGAUUAGGGUUCACAUGCUUCAAAGUAUUUCUUUUUAGUCGUUUUAUUUUUUAUUUUAGAUUUCCAUGUCAUUUAUUAUUAUCAACAGAUAAUGUUCAUGAAUGAAAUAACUGGGCAUACUGUUUUAGGGAGAGACAAACAUUUACAUGGCCCAUGAGUAUCUGCAAAACUUUAGAGGGAGAAGUACUGAUCACUGUAUGGAGCAGGGAUGUGCGGUAGCUUUCACCAUAUCAACAGUGUUCUGCAUUCCAGCAUUGCCUUUGUGAUUAUUUCCACUGUGACUUCUUAAAACUGUAGUCUGUUUAACUGUAUCAUUUGGGUUGUAUGCAACUUGUGCUGAUGUUGUGGUACUGUUUGUAUUGUGCCCAGAGGCUACAAAUGUUACGGAGUAUACAGUAUAUGUUGCCACUCGUGGUUUGCUGUAGUGCAUUACUGUGCCAUAAUUUAUCCACAUACAGUACUUUAAACAUCUCUCCUUACGAAUAUGUACAAGGCAAAUUACAGUGGCUUCACUUUGUGUGGCAUGCCUGCUAAAUUACUUUUUUCCUUUGAUCAGUUCCCAGAAGGAUUUAUAAAUUUUGUUCUCUUUUCAUCCACUGGAAGCUACAAUAAACAAUAAAUAUUUAAAUAAAAUGUUGGUUCACAGAUGCCACAGCCCAGUUCUAAAUUUACUGUAUACUUACAUGGCUAAAAAGAUUUCUAUAAUAAUUACGACUUUAUUCAACAAAAAUGCAAAACAGAUAAAUACAAGAGUGAAGAGCCACUUUACAUUGUGUCUGCUGUGUUGCUGUGCAACAUAAGGUCUUUAGCCAAAUGAUUGUGACCAAGCAGCAGCAUUACCAAAAAACUUAUUUUAUUAUUUAACACAAUCUGCAGCUGUGUCUUCUCAAUCCAAGAGAAGCCUCAAUGAAGAAUAGCAUUGAUCACAUUGACUUUAGCAUGGACUGACCUUUCACUGCAGUCAAUGGAAUACUGUAAAACAGAAAUAGAUGUGGUCUAUUUUAGACAGACUUGCAGAGUCAAUAUAAGGCAGUCAAAAACCAACAACGAAUGAAAUCAUCUGUCAUUCAGUCAGUUAGUCAAUCAAUGCCAAAGUCAUCACAUUUAGAUGUAUUUUUUAAUAAAAUAAUUAAGAUACUCUGUGGGAUAGGAAUAUUAUUUUUCUUCCUCUUUAUAGCCACAAGACACAUUAAUGAAACUUUCAUUCUAGGGCUUAAACUGAACUAAAUUUGUCUAGCCUCUUAUUUAUCAACAUUAAAAACAAUAAGAGUUUAAAUGCCACAAAGUCCAGACUACAGAAACAUUUCUAUAUAACACUUCACUUCCUCAUUUAAAUAACUGAAAAACGUGACACCUACUCUAACAAACUGAAGGGGUUUGAACAAAACAAAUCUUAAUCUUAUACAGCAUCUAUCACAUAUAUAAUAAUGACAGAAAAUGUAAUGUUUUUAACAUUAAUAUGCAACGUUUUUUGGUUUCUGGGAAGGAAUUGUUGUGUUUGUAUUAGUAGUAUAUUGACCAUGUUGAUGCCUGCUGGUGACACAUAUUAUCUCAACUGUAUAUGAAUGUCUUUA